AUGACCUCUUCAAACUGUACAGUUUGUCAUUUUGCUUUAAAUGGUUCAGUGGAACUCCGUGAUCAUUACAGAACUGAGUGGCAUAGUUACAAUUUAAAAAGAAAGCUAAUUGGAAAGGGUCCUAUAGAUGAAAAGUCAUUUCAUAGAAAAUUAGAAUUACUGAAAAGUACAAAAACUACUAUUGAAAAGGGUCACUCACAUUUAAAACAUAGAGAUGAUAAAAGAAUUGAAAAUUUUGAGAAGAAGACUGGAAAUGAUAUUAAUAUGUUCAUAAGGAACCAACCAUUACCUUAUCGUAUUACAUACUGUUACUUUGACAAUACUGUACACGAUAAUCUAGAAAAAUGUUUUAUAUAUAUGAGAAAUAAGUAUUCUUUUGUUAUUCCAAAUUUGGAAUAUUUAAAUGAUCCAGAAGGAUUAGCUUUGUAUUUGGGUGAGAAAGUAUUUGAAGGGCAUAUGUGCUUAUUUUGUGAUAAAACAUUUUCAACCUUAUCAGCUGUUAGGGAUCAUAUGAUAAGUCUAGGCCAUACAAUGUUAGGUGAUCAUUUAGAAGAACAAAAAGAAGAUAUUGAAAGAUUCUUUGAUUUUUCAGAAUCAUACAAAGAAUUAUAUAUAAAACCUUCCAAAAUAAAAACAAUUGAAAAUGAUACAGAUGAAUGGGAAGAUAUUGAGAACUCAGAUGACAUAUUAGUAGGUGAUGUCUUAAGUGUAUAUAACUUAAAGAGUGCAGAAAUAACAGAAUUUGGUGAUUUAAGAUUACCAAAUGGUAAAAAAGUUGUACAUCGUAACCUAGCUUAUGUAUAUAAACAAAGACUAUUUAAUUAUGAUAAUUCAAGAACUAAACAACUCAAGAUAGCACAUAAUGAUGUAUAUAAAUGCAUGCAAACUUCUAAACUUGACCAAACCAAAUAUAGACUCCCAAAAAGUACAAUUAUUGAAACCACACAAUAUGGGAAAUAUAUCCAAUCUAAAGUUCUAAAAUCUGGAAUAAAUAAUAACAAGCUACAGAAAUAUUUUGUAAGACGUGAUAUAGUUUGGUGA